CGCACUCCGGUACCGCGGCAGCCCGAGCCCGAGCCCGGCGCUAGCCCCGGCUCCCACCCCGGGCGCGGGGCACCGCCAGCUGCUGCAGCCCCCCCGGCUCCGGCCCCGGCCCCGGCCCCGGCCCCGCGAGCCCUCGGGGGGGCCCGGCCCGCGCCCCGGCUGCGCGGGGAUGCCGGGCUGAGCGCUGCGCGGCAGGGACAGGUGCGCGGGGGAGCGGCGGCGCCUCCCUCUUAAAGCCGGGAGCCCGGAGCCGCGGGCGGCACAGCGCAGCGCACGGCGCCGCCGGCCGAGGUGAGACGGGCACCCGUGCACCCCGGAGACCAUGAUCCUGCCCCGCGUGCUGCCCCUGCUGCUGGCCAUGCUGCUGGCGGGGGCGGCCAACACCGCCUUCCCCGAAGAGCCCGGGCCCCUGAGUGUGGCCCCGGAGGACUAUGUGAAGCAGUACUCGGUGUUCGUGGGCCACGGCUUGAGCCGCUUCUCAGGCGCGGAUGGCGCUGGGGCAGAGCGCCUCAACAUCCAGCGUAUGCUGAAGGUCAACCGGACGCUGUACAUCGGAGACAGGGACAACUUGUACCGUGUGAGCCUGGAGCCUGCCACCACCAGUGAGAUGCGCUACCAGCGGAAGCUGACGUGGAAGUCGAACCAACAUGACAUCAACAUCUGCCGCAUGAAGGGGAAGCACGAGGCAGAGUGCCGGAACUUCCUCAAGGUGCUGCUGGUGCAGGACCCAAGCACCCUCUUCGUGUGCGGCACCAAUGCCUUCAACCCCGUCUGCGCCAACUACAGCCUGGACACGCUGGAGCCCAUUGGAGACAACGUCAGCGGCAUGGCCCGGUGCCCCUACGACCCCAAGCAUGCCAACAUUGCCCUCUUCACAGGCGGGAUGCUGUUCACAGCCACGGUGACGGAUUUCCUGGCCAUCGACGCCGUGAUCUACCGGAGCCUGGGGGACAGUCCCACGCUGCGCACUGUCAAGCACGACUCCAAGUGGUUCAAAGAGCCCUACUUCGUCCAUGCUGUGGAGUGGAAGAGCCAUGUCUACUUCUUCUUCAGGGAGAUCGCCAUGGAGUUCAACUACCUGGAGAAGGUGGUGGUGUCACGGGUGGCACGGGUGUGCAAGAACGACAUGGGCGGCUCGCAGCGCGUGCUGGAGAAGCAGUGGACGUCCUUCCUCAAGGCCCGGCUCAACUGCUCUGUGCCGGGUGACUCGCACUUCUACUUCAACGUCAUCCAGGCCGUCACCGACAUCCUGGAGCUGGACGGGCGGCCCGUGGUGCUGGCUGUCUUCUCCACACCUGCCAACAGCAUCCCUGGCUCGGCCGUCUGCGCCUUCGACAUGGCCCAGGUGGCGGCCGUCUUCGAGGGGCGCUUCCGGGAGCAGAAGUCCCCUGAGUCCAUCUGGACGCCGGUGCCUGAGGAGCUGGUGCCAAAGCCGCGGCCCGGGUGCUGCGCCGCCCCUGGCAUGCGCUACAACUCCUCCAGCGCCUUCCCCGACGAGAUCCUCAACUUCAUGAAGACGCACCCGCUGAUGGAUGAAUCGGUGCCCGCGCUCAGCAACGCCCCCUGGAUCAUCCGCACCAUGACGCGGUCCCAGUUGCGCAGGAUCGUGGUGGACAGCGCGGCAGGGCCAUGGGGCAAUCACACCGUGGUCUUCCUGGGCUCCAACACUGGCACUGUUCUCAAGUUCCUGAUCAAGCCCAACAUCAGCGCCAGCCCCUCGGCCGCCAGCAUCGGGAGCCAGAGCCUGCUGCUGGAAGAGUUUGAGACCUACUCCCCUGGGAGGUGCGGCAGAGACAAUGCAGACGAGAGGCGGCUGCUGGGCAUGGAGCUGGACAAAGCCACAGGGUCCCUGCUGCUGGCCUUCCCACCCUGCGUGGUGCGGGCACCUGUCGCCCGCUGCCAGCAGCAUGCCGGCUGCAUGAAGAACUGCCUCGGGAGCCGGGACCCCUACUGUGGCUGGACCCCCGAGGGCUCCUGCCUCUUCCUGGAAGCCAACACCAGAGCCGCAUUUGAGCAGGACAUCGCAGGCAGCAGCACCUCCCACCUCGGGGACUGCGAGGGGCUGGUGACCGAGAGCUUCGUGGACGAGCCGGACGGGCUGGUCUCAGUGAACCUGCUGGUGAUCUCCUCGGUGGCUGCCUUCGUCAUCGGCGCGGUGAUCUCAGGCUUCAGCGUGUGCUGGUUCAUCGGGCACCGGGACCGCAAGGAGCUGGCGCGGCGCCGCGACAAGGAGAACAUCCUGGCGCACAGCGAGUCCGUGGUGAGCGUCAGCCGGCUGGGCGAGCGGCGGCCCCGGCCCGGCCCCCCCGAAAACCUGCUGGCACCGCUGAUGCAGAACGGCUGGCCCAAGGGGCUGCUCAAGGUGGGGCAGCCCGACUUGGAUUCGGGGGUGUUGCCCACACCCGAGCAGACUCCGCUGCAGCAGAAGCGCUGCCCCGGCAGCCUCAAGAACUGCAAGUGGGAGCAGAGCCACAACCUCAUCAACGCCUCCCUGCGGGACCCCGGCUGCCCCGGCUCCUCCGUCAUCCUGCUUCACACCGGCCACCCCCAGGGGCCCCCCCACAUCCGGGCCGGGCAUGGCAUGCCCGUGGCCUGCCGCUCUGUGCUCAUGGACCAGGAGCUGGAGGACGAGGGGAGCGACUCCUCCAUGGACAUGCACUACCUGCCGGUGAGUGGGGGCCUCGAGCAUGGCGAGGGGCCCCGGCCCCAGCCGGUGCAGCCCCCCGCCUCCCACCGGCCCGGCCUGGGCAGGGGCUCCUACGGCGAGUUCCCCAUCACGCCGCACGCCAGCCCGGACCGGCGCCGGGUGGUGUCGGCGCCCGGCGGGGAGGCCGGGGACUUCUGCGAGGGCAGCCCCUGGAACCCCGACAAGCUGAACUUCAACAGCAACAAUGCAGCCAGCAAGGCGGCUGCCCACCUCAAGAGGAACCACACGUUCAACAGCGGCGAGGCACAGGGGGGCUACGGCCGGCCCGGCGGGGCCCCGCGGGCGCACCCGCACGCCCUCACGGACCUCAGCCACCUCCUCAAGUACGGCAUCGAGCGGACUCCCUCCGUUAAAUAGGAGCCGGCUGCCCAGGGGGUGUGGCUUGGUUUGGUGCCCGCCUCUCAGGGGGCGGGGCUCCAGAGAGGGGCGUGACCCAGGGAGGCUCCUCCCCCCAAGACCUGCGUGUCUCCAGGAAGGACUGUAGAGGGCGCUGGAGAGCAGUGGGGCCGGGGACGGUGGGCGACGUGGGUCUCGGACUGUGCCCUCUGCCCACCCCAGGUGCCCCCAUUCUCCCCCGUGGGGCCCGGCAGUGGCAGGCCCGGGGUGAGGAUUUCCUACCCAGCACAAGACGCCGGGGGCUAGGACCCGGCUGGGGGGCCUGGGCACCCCCCCACUCACCUGCUCCUCCUUUUUGUACUGGAUGUGGGGGGCCGGGCUGGCACCUGGAAGGUUUGCUAGUGAUGGGUGACGGGUCCCUUGCCCCGUUGGCCCCUCCUGGGGCAGAGCCCGGGGCUGCCUCCUUCGGGACGGCUCGAUGCCACAGUUCUCUGCAGUGUGUCCCCCCAUGACCCUGGCAGCCCCCACCCCUGCACCUCCACACCCCUGCUCCCACCUGACCCUGCCAGUCCCAGCCCCGUCCCCGUCCCCUGCUGCACCUGCCAGGUCCCCCGUCCACCUCCUUCCCCUCACCCCGCCAUGGCCCCAGACCCCUGCCCUGCUCCCCUGCCAUCCCCCCCUGCCCCACAUGGAGUCUGCAUUCUCCCCACCCUCCCCUGGCACCGCAGAGGGCACUGCCCCCUCCCCAUCCCCACCAUGCUGGGGUCCGUUGCCUGCCAUGCCUGGCCCUGCUCCUCUAGCGCAUCCCCUUCCCCCCCAAGCGCUGGGGGCUGCUGGCGAGGCUGGAGUGCAGGGUCCCCAUCCAUCAGGCCGUGGCACAAAGUCCCAGGGACCUGGUCCCUUGUGCCCAACUCCCCCAUGCCGGUCUGAUCUGAGCAGGAGUCCUCGGCUCUAUGGGGGCUGUGGGUCGGGGUGGGGACAUUUCUAUUACUGUAACACUGGGAAGCACAAUCCUUUCUGUGGGGUCAGACCCCACGCCGGGCCACCCCCUCUGGCUGGCGGGGCAGGGGGCAGGUGCACGCACACUACUCAGCUCUGCCCCCGGCUGGAUGCCCCCCUAGCCUGCUCCAGGCUCUGCUCCUCUGCCUGCUCCUGUGGCAGCUGCAUCCCGCACACCAUGGGGUUGCAGCUCAGGGAUGCCCUGGACUCCCUGCUGGGGCGUGAGCAAGGUCAAAGCCAGCUGCCUACAUGUCCUGGUGGGGGCCCAGCCACGAGCCACAUCACCUGGGGACGGGUGCAGCGGGAGCGGGGCUGGGGACUGUGUCCCUGUCCCAGCCCUUGGGCUCUGUUCAGCUCUGGGGCUGUUCCCCGGGGGACUGGGGGGUACCCAGGCUGGGGUGCGGGCACUGAGUCUGGGGCAGAGAGGAGAGGAGGGAUUAGAGGGACUUAACUCUCUCACUGCUGCAGGGCUGUCCCCAGAGCAAAUCCCUCAGGACCCUCUGCAGGGUGACCCCAACCUGCUCCCCCCGCAGCUGCUCAGGGGCCCCUACUGGGGCUGGGGUCCUGGGGGUGGGGGGCGUGUGGGGCUCCUUGGAGCAGAGUGGAGCUCUUGUGACAAUCUGGAGAAAGGGACCGUGGCCCCGUGGCCUGGCUCGGCCCUGCAGAGAUGGCAGCCAUGCCGGCCAAAGUGCCCCCGUUGCCCGCUGGCCCCACGGGCUGCCAGCUGGGGGGGCGCCAGGCCUGGCGGGGGGGACAGGAGCCGGGGGCAGGCCGAGGCCUCCGCUGCCCCUCUGUAAAUACGGUCGCAGGCAUGCAGCCCUCCGGGAAGCUGAGCAUUACCGAGCAAGCGGUCCAAUCCGAUGUGACCUGUGCCCCCGUGACCUUCCCCUUUGACCUGUGCAGGCUGUGCAUGCUACAGUGGUAACCUCUUCUCUGUAUCACUCUGGACUUCCCCUGCCAAUAAAGUUCUGUUUACAAGA